CAUACGGUGUUCCCAUAGUACAAUGCCAUUGUAGUUUGUGAUGAUCUUUAAGCUGUGAUUCCUCUCGAUCUUGUGAUCAAAAAAUACUUAUUCAUAAACAUGAGGUGCUUACUUCAUGAACCUCCAGCAUCCCUUAUUUUGCCUUUUACAAUGAGAAAUAUGUGGCUAAGUGCACAAGAGCACAAAGUGACACACGGUGGGGCAGCAGGUGAUCUGUGUAAACGUUCCACCAUGGAGCAAUGUUUCACAAUCCUUAUCAGCAGGCAGUGCUUCUGUUAGGUGUCAUCCCAUACAGACCUGCCAGGAGAUGCUUUUAAUAGGUGCUGGGUGACGUCAGCUAAGGAGCAUGCCUGCCUUGUGAUUGCAGAGCUGCAGGUGCCUGUGACUGAGCCACUGCCUGGAUCAGGGGUUAAUUCUCCAUCACACCUACUGGGCUGGUUUGGCUGCUGGCAGUGCAGGAUUCUUGUCCUGAGAUGCAUUCCUUUCAACUGAGUGUGCUAAUCCAGCUUUCCUCAUAAACGAGCUGCUUCAAGGUGUUUUUGGAGCUGUCAGCCAGCUAGUCUGAAAAGACAUCAGUGUGUUGGGAGGUGGUGGCAGAAGAAUAAGAUACUGUCUGCUCCAAGGAGGUUUCACCAGCUUUCACUUAAAAGUAAAUAAAUUCCUUUUAAAAAGUCCAGCUGCUGCCUGUGGAAAUUUGUAUCCCUCCCUCAAUGACUUCGUUGAUACAAAGAAGUCUGUAAUUGGUCAGAAAGUGCUUUUUUCAAUAGGACUAAGUGUAAGUACGUUCAUUUCAAAGGAUAUUGGCUGUGAACUCCAGCUGGCUCUGUGGGGGUGGUAGGGAAAAACCUGAAGAGAAGUGACUAAAUAUUUGUUUUUCUUCAUUCUGGAUAGACUCUUUAAUAGAGACUAUCUGAAGGGGAUUGUUAAUUUGUGCAGCAAAACAACUUUUGAUACAGAACAGACACUGAAUUGUACUUGGGGUUUUUUGUAUAAAUUGCAGCGUGAUGACCGCCAGCACGCAGACAAAAUGCCAUUUGUUCUGCUUGGAGAUGUGCUAACAAACUGCAGAAAGAAAGGCUCUAAUGGCAUCGCUGCUGGUCGUGCUGGUCCCUCUGCACCCUUAAGGAGCUCUCUCCUUUCACUACCUGCGCUGCUCAGAUUUCUGGUACUCUGUUUGCUUACAGCAAUGAUUGACCCGUUUCCAUUAGCCUGGCUAAUCAUUAGUUGGCUUAAAAAUGACGUCUCUUUUUGCUCUAGUGGCUAGAGUUUCUUUUGUUAUGGCUUGGUGAUGUUUCCCUUCGUGUUGCCUUCCCUUGCCAAGAUCACACUUCUGUUCUCCCAUUCUCUCCUAUUUGUAUUUAAGGCACAACCUUUGAUUGGAGGUCCUGUGUAACCGCUGUGCUUUUCCUGCUCUUCAUCCACUUCAGUGCAGCCAUCAUCAGCCUGUUCAAUUGGCCUUGAAGCCUGAUAGCAAUGGUUAAUGGCCUGAGACUGGCAGAUUGUGCAGAGCUUUGGUGGGGAAAUGACUGGUGAGGUGUUUCAGCUGGGAUUUGUUAGUGCUUUGUGUGUCCCAUGUUCUGCAGCCGUCUCAAGCAGAAAAACACUCCGUUAUCAAAUACAGCUUUACAUCUCAGUGGGAAUGCUCCACCUCAAAGCCAGAGCACAGUUCUGAGAAGGAUUUAGGUGGUGCGUGAGUCAAGCUCAGUGUAUUAGAGUAUGAAUUUGUGUUGCCUCAACUUUUUUGACACAGACUUGGAUGAGAUCAAUUAACAACCCCCAGCUGGGUGUGCUUUGGUCAUCUGUAAUGUGCUUUUUCCUGCAGUUAGCACAGCCAGCAUCAUGCCCCUCCAUUGCUCUGCUGCCCCAGCUUUUCUGCGUGUGCUACUUAUGACAAGUGUUAUCACGCUGCUGCAAGCCUCUCCCUGCUUAUUUAUUUAUUUAAGUACUAAUCAGACUGGUUUGUCUUCAUUUAUAGUUCAUCUGAGCGCACGUUCGGUGCUGUGAGCAAUACUGUUGUCAGAAACAUCCUUCUUUUAAAAACAAAAACCUCUGCACAGGAGGCCAGCCUUGCUUUGUGCAGAUGGAGAUUGUUUCUAAGCGUGACCCUGAGUGUUUUGUGGAAUUGAAAUGGUUGGAGGGCCUGAAACCCAAGCCAAGGAGAGCAGGAGUGUAAGGGAAGCCAGGGUCACCUUGUCCUCCACAGACUGUUACAUUGUGCAUGAGAUCUACAAUGGAGAGAAUGCUCAGGACCAGUUUGAAUACGAGCUGGAGCAGGCCCUGGAAGCGCAGUACAAAUACAUAGUGAUAGAGCCCACUCGCAUCGGGGAUGAGACGGCCCGCUGGAUCACCGUUGGGAACUGCCUGCACAAGACGGCCGUGUUAGCGGGCACCACCUGCCUCUUCACCCCUUUGGCACUACCAGUAGAUUAUUCUCACUACAUCUCCCUGCCUGCUGGUGUGCUGAGCAUGGCUUGCUGCACCCUUUAUGGUAUCUCUUGGCAGUUCGAUCCUUGUUGCAAGUACCAAGUAGAGUAUGAUGCCUAUAAACUUUCCCGGCUGCCCUUGCAUACGCUCACCUCCUCCACUCCGGUGGUACUGGUGAGGAAGGACGACCUGCACAGAAAGAGACUGCAUAACACGAUAGCACUCGCUGCCCUGGUGUACUGUGUAAAGAAGAUCUAUGAACUCUACGCUGUAUGACUUCGGCAGGGAAGAGAGAAGCCUACAGAGACAAGCGUAUUAAGACUCCCACAGUAACAUUUUGGUUUUCCUCUUUGAGAAGCAGUGGAGACUGGCAAGGAGUUGGUUUAAUAGAGCUGUUAUUUUUAAAUAACGCAUCACCGGUUGCACCAAGGUUUUUCAGUUCUUUGUUACACUUAAGAUUUGGAUGUGUGGUGACUUGAGAGCUGUAUGUUAGCCAUGGGGAGUCCAGUCCAGCAGCGGAGUGUCAAUGAAAGAAAGAUAGAUAAAGGGGGAGGGUGAGAGCUUUUUUUUUUUUUUUUUGGUCUUUUUUUGGAACAUUUAAGUAUAUUGUUUAAUUGUAUUACACAGAACCAGCCAGACGUUAUCAUUGACCAUUAAAGGAUGAGAAUUUCAAAUGA